GAGAAAUAGCAAGCGAGCGAAGGUCUACGCUACGAGACAAUUUGGAUGCGCAAACAUUGAUCAGAUGAUUCUCUGCUGUUGAACUGUUUCCCUAGAAGCGUGUCUGAUUGUCUGUGGGAAACGAUGGACAUUACUGUGACAACGCUUACUAAACUCCAAAACAACAGUUAGGGCCAAACAGUGGAAUAAUGUUGAGAAAUAACGGGACUCAGGAUUUUCAAGCAUACGACUUCACUUAUGUCCGCUUUUGUGUGUCCACGGUGUCGUUCUCAAUUUUGGCGUCUUUCAACAUCAUCAUAAACUGGACUAUAGUGCGCGAAGAGAGACUCCGGAGCCAUGCACGCUUUGUUCUCGUGCUUCACCUAUUGGUAUCCGCGCUGGUAUACUUUGGAAUGUCCAGCGUUUUCUAUCUUCAGAUCUACAUGGGAUCGAAGCCAGCUGUGACCACCUGUAUGGCUAUGAUAACUGUACUAAUUGCGAGCGCAUCGAACAUCCUCAUCACGCUGACAGCGAUGGCGUUGGACCGUUACUUUGCAGUGUGCCACCCAAUGAGGUACAGCCCAGUUUGUUGUGGUCGCCAGUGGCCCUGGCUCGUGGGACUUCUAACAUGGGGGCUCGCCCUUGUUAUCCCUCUCUGUUUGAUCCUGACGGAGAAGCAGGCCACCGAACUCAAUGAGGAGUGUGGACGGGAACGGCUAAUUAGAGGAGAGCUACAAAAGAUAUUGCUGAUUUCGGUAUGUGCAGGGCUUAUAUUGUACAGUUAUGUGAGGAUAUUGGUGGAGGGACGACGGUUGGGUGUGCUGAAUCGACGGAACCGGGUCGGCUGCAGGACUAUCGCCUUGCACGGCACACAGCUAGCCGUGUAUAUACUACCUAACUUUGUGAAUUUUGUAUUGGCCCAGUUUAUGAAGAAUGGUUAUCUUCAGUCGGGGACCAAAGAGCUGUCUGCGGUAGUGGUCUUUGCUUUCUUUAGCUUGGCACAAUGCGUCGCGCCCAUUGUGUACGGUUUGCGCAAAGAGGAACUGUUGGAGCAGGUGCAUUACCGUUUCCCAGUCUGUUCCCGCCAUCUGAAGAGCGUCCUUGGGUGGACAGUGCGUGCGACGCGGACACCCACGCAGCUCAUACCACGUGAGAGGUCAUUGACCGCCCACACCAUCCUGUCUCUGGAGAUGCUGGAGAGCCCAGCUGAGGAGAGACAGAACCCACUGCUAGCUGAUCCAUGAUUGGACCCCACCUGCUACUUGACCUUUGAUCCAUGGGAUUAAGUGUACAGAAUGGACUAAACUGUCGCUGACAUCCUCAGCAGACGUUCUCCAUCGAUCAAAUGGUGGACGUGAUGCGUAGUGCUUAACCAAGGUCAAAUCUGUGUAGGUACACACUGGGAAGCAUGUUACUCAGAAGAACUGGUCAUUUAUGCUGAUGGAAGACUCACACAUGUAAAUCCAGGACUUUCGAUUUAUUUUAUAACAGACUCUUCGGCAGGGAAAUAUAGCAAGUGAAAGACCAAGGCUGCAGUCCCAAGACUGUCGAAAGGCCAGAGCAUCCGCAACAAACUAAGUAAACAUUCCAGAACAUUUGAUAUAAUCCUGGAAAAUCUGAAUAUUCUUUGUAACCUUUGACAACUACCUCUGUAAAGACGAUCAAUAGUAAAAAUAAAUAAAAUAAAAAACAGUUUCUAAGCUGUUCAUCAUGAAUCUAAAUAUGAUGCUGUAGUGGUAUAGUAAAGGCUGCAGUAACCUACAGCAGGUGCACUUGUUCACCCAAUGUAUGUUAAGAGGGGAUAUUUUCAACAGUAAACCACAACGUUUUGUGACUGCUAUAACAGCAGUUGUUGAACAGUGUGUACACACACAAACCACACACAGACACCAACGUCUCCAAUCAGCAUUUAGACUGAGCAGGAAGCGAGAAUGUUUGAUAUCUUUACACAACAUAACCAGUAAAUGCCUGCCUGGUUUGAAAAUUGUUGAGAUAUGCAACUUUGGAAAAGAGUGCGCCCAAAUAAACACUGACAGUAUAACUUCCUUAUCUUUUUGUGGUUCACUUUUUGUGGUUCAUGUUGUUUUAAUUUGUAACUUGUAUAGCUGCAUGCUCUUAUGGGUCUUCCCUUUGGCACUUGUUUAGUUUUUUCACAAUGAA